UCGCUUUGCUAGCUUUCAAAUAUGCUAGUCUUAAUUAAGAAUGCUGUCAGCUAAAAACAAAUACUUUUUUAAGUCUUAAACAGCUAUUUUAGUUUUUUUUUCCAUGUAUAUAAAGAUUUUAUUUGAACGGAUACACUUUUUUGUAUUCCGACUAAGGGGCUAACAAUAAACACUAUUCGGAACAGCCGCUAAUGUCAGUUAAAGUUGAACAAUGAUUCCAUGUCGUCUGUUGCGGUAGAAAACGAAGCGAAAAGAAAGACAUUUAGAUAAAAUCUCGAUCUGCGUUGAGAUGUAGAGCUGCAAACGUUGUCUUCUGUCGUUUCAAUGGGAAAACGGAAAGACAUGAUUCACCCCAGGUUUCUUGGCGAAGGCAGCUCCAGCCUACACAGCAUCCACAAACGGAAACACAAAAAACACAAAAAGCACAAGAAGAAACAUCACAGCUUUGCUGAGACCCCAGAGCCAGAACCGAUCCCUGUCCCUAUCCCAGUCCCGAUCCCUCGGCCUCCGUCUCAGUUCAGGCUGAAGAUCAAACUGGGAGGGCAGACUCUGGGCACCAAGAGUGUUCCCACCUUCACGGUCCACCCUGGCGUGGCUCGUCCUCCCUCACCAUUGAUGAUAUUAGACAAUGAUGUGGACGACGAUGAUGAAGAUGACGACGACGAUGAACCCUCUGUGCCUUUGGAGCAGUAUCGAGCCUGGUUGGAUGAAGAUAGUAACAUGGCUGCGUCCCCUCUGCCAGACAUCGACUCUGACUCCAUGCUGGGUGGGCCUGUGGACGAGGAGGAAAGGUGGCUGGAUGCUCUGGAGAAGGGAGAGCUUGAUGACAAUGGAGAGCUAAAGAAGGAGAUUGAUGAGUCUCUACUCACUGCCAGACAGAAAGCCCUCCUGCACAAGCAGCAGAGUCAGCCUCUCCUGGAGCUGCCCAUGGGCUACAAGGAGAAGGAGAUGACGGCAGAGAUGAUGCAGAAACGGGAGGAGAGGGCCCGGAAGAGACGCCUGCAGGCCGCCAAGAAGGCAGAGGAGAACAAGAACCAGACCAUCGAGAGACUGACAAAAACCAGCAAGGCCAAGAUCAAAAGCCUCAAAGAGAGGAAGUCCAAGCAGAACCAGUGUCCCAUGGUUCGCUACAGCGACUCGGCUCAGGGAAUAGCCAUCUCUUUCCCAGCAGGGGUCCCCACUCCGUCACCGGCACCUCCGGUUCCUCCACCUCCAGCUCCGGUGAACUGUGGCGUGAACGGAUGUAGCAACCUGAAAAAGUACUCGUGUUCAAAGACAGGGGUCCCCCUCUGCAGCCUGGAGUGUUACAGGAAGAACCUGCAGCUUGUGCAGAGCGCAGCUUGAACCAGAAAAGUCCUUCAGAUAACUUAAUGUGAAAGGAAUAGUUUGACAAAUGAAUGAACUUUCUGUGUGGUAUGACUUCUCAAUGACUUUGUUUUCUGUACUUAUGGUUUUUUUUUGUCACAGUGUGAACAAAUAUUUAUCAUUUCUAUCAUGACUACAGAGAUGAGGCUUCCUAAGCUCUGAAAAAAACAGAAAAAAGAAAAACAUUUUGCUUUAUGUUUAAAAGACAUUACCUUCUUAACUCAAAAUCCAGCAAGAUCAAUGAA